GCACAAUGGGCAGGAAUCCUAGCCCCUUUUUUAAUUGGCGAAGCUCAAAAAGCCUGCCGGGACCUUUCCCCCGCUGACGUAAACCAGUAUGGGGCAUUGAAAGCUGCGAUUUUGGCCCAUUAUGGACACAACCUGCAGACGAGGGCCCAACAGUUCCACGCCUGGGAGUAUGACGCUACUGCCCCAGUGCGGCCGCAAAUUGCAACGCUGAUGCGAUUGACACGCAGUUGGUUAACCUCGGGGGAGGGGCCUCCAGCGAUUGACAGAGUUGCCAUGGAUCGCUGUAUCAGAGCCUUACCCGGGGGUGCCAAACGACACGCUUCUCAAAGCUGCCCAGAGACAGUAGAUGCCCUAGUGACGCUGUUGGAGAAUCACCAGGUCACGGUACAGUUGAUGCAAAGCAGUAGGCCACCCAGCCAAUCGGACCCCAGGAGAGACAGGCAGAGGCUGAGGAAGAGCGACACGGAGGCACUGGGCCCAAGCCCGAGGCCCCAAGGGGGUCCGCCCCAGCCAUCCCUCCAGCGCCGCCCCUUUGUGAAUCCGGACCGGCGAAAAUGCUUUGCCUGUGGACAAGAGGGCCAUAUAGCGUGGAAUUGUCCGGGAGAAGACAUUCUGAUGCCUACGGCGGGCUCCUCCGACUCCCCACGGAAGGCCGACAGCUAUCUUACCACGUGCUGGGCUCAUGAGGGCGCAAGGGCCCCAAAGCUGCCGGUCAGAAUAGGGACCCAGGAUGCUGAAGCCCUACUCGACUCCGGCAGUGCGGUCACCCUCCUACGGCCCGGGUUGACCUCUGGCCCCAGGGGACCCCCUAUCCCAGUCUCCUGUGUCCACGGGGAUUCACGAGAGUAUCCCACGACCCACAUUAAGGUCCAGACCACCAGGGGCACAUUUGAGGUUGUUGCGGGCUUAGUGGAAAAUCUGCCGGUACCAGUGCUGAUUGGGCGGGACUGCCCGAUAUUCUGGCGUUUGUGGGCAUGCAGGACUGCUGGCCACCGAAGAAACUGUCCCACCAAGAAACCUGGUAGGGACCAGAAAGUCAAGGUGGCACAUGCCUGUGCAGCCCCAUCUAGCCCAACCACGUCAUCUGCAGAAGGGACAGAGGAGGAGGCCCUGGCCCCAGCGGAGGCCCCGGCCCCAGCGGAGGCCCCGGCCCCAGCGGAGGCCCCGACAAGGAGGGAUCCCCGACUAACUGAAGGGUCUUCGAACGAGGCUUUUUCGGAGUUCCCACCGGCAGAAGAGGCAUCUUCCACCAGGCCCGGGCAGUUUGGGACGGCCCAGUGGGAGGACCCUAACCUGGAACAAGCGCGACAGAACCUGGCUGUGGUCGAGGGAGAACCGGUGGCGGGGCCCACUCCCACCUGUUGGGAGCUCAUUUGGGGGUGGAGAAAACCUACGACCGAGUCCGGGAGCGCUUCUACUGGCCGGGGGUGAAGAAGGCGGUCCAGGAUUAUUGCCAAAUCUGCCCACAAUGCCAGAAGACG